UGCAAUGCCCGGGGUAGAUGGGGAUGAGCGGGGUAAGGUGCAAGCAUGGAUCUGGGGAAGAUUCACAGACUGGGACCGGGGUAGAUGGGGUGACAGAGGAGCAGGGGAAGGUGCAGAGACAUGGACCCAGGGCGCGGCUUGGACCAGCAUCACGCCGGAUGCCUGCUCCGUUGAUAACAGAUUGCGGCGAUGGGACGUGGAGGUUGGGGGUGAUUGUCGAUUCCGAGGAGCUUCAAGGCGACGCCAUCGAAUGAAAAUUCCACAGGAGGCUGAUGACAAGAUGAAUGCAGAUACAGAAGGAACAGAUUUUGAAAAUCAAGAGGAGCUGGAGGAGAAGACAAGGCUAAUAAACCAGGUUUUGGAACUGCAGCACACACUCGAAGAUCUGUCCGCUAGAGUUGAUGCUGUCAAAGAAGAGAACCUGAAACUCAAGUCUGAGAACCAGGUGCUCGGUCAGUACAUUGAAAACCUCAUGUCAGCCUCCAGCGUCUUUCAAACCACAGAGUCGAAGAACAAGAGAAAGUAAGGAGCUCAUUCCGCUGAUACCCGUCAGCUUUAUAUCUCAACAGACCAACCAAAAGCUCCAAGAAGACAGACAAAUAAUAGUAACAUUUAUUAUGAUAAAGGGGACUGAGAGUUGGGACUGUCCAGUGUUAGACUGUGACCCUGUUAGAAUCAUUAGAUUGUCUUGAGUCAGCUUGGAUACCUUUUGUAUUUAGUCUAUUUAAUUAAAGAAUAAUGAACACUAA